AUGAAUGGCUUUUGGUCGAAUUCAGCGCUGCUACAGCUGUUUGACAGCUCACUACUGCCCUCUAUCGGUAAAGUCUCGAUAUGCAGGGAGAGGCCUACUUACCGUGUGCUUCAGCACCACGCGUGUAAGCGCAAGGAGCAGGACCAUGGCCACUGUAAAGUUGGUGGUGAUCGUGGCGGUAGCGGUGGCGGUAGCGGUGGCAGCAGCGGCGGAAACCACAGCGACAGCAACCACAGCGGUAAUGGUGGCCACUCCAAGAAGCCUCGGCUGGUGUUUACCGACGUACAGAGAAGGACCCUCCACGCUAUCUUCAAGGAGAACAAGCGUCCGUCCAAGGAGCUUCAGAUCACCAUCAGCCAGCAGCUGGGCCUGGAGCUGACCACCGUCUCAAAUUUCUUCAUGAACGCACGCCGACGCAGCCUCGACAAGUGGCUCGACGACAACGGAGGCUCCUCCCACUCCGCUAAUUCCUCCGUCUCCACCUGCAGCAAAGCCUGAGGAGGAGGGACUGGAGGGGGAGAGCGGGCACAGUUUUGAGUUGAUUUAA